AUGACGAUCACUGCAACGUUGAUGAUGUUAAUGCUGCUGAUGCUGAUGACGAUGAAAACGCUUUUUAAUGAUAAUGAUUAUGAUGAUGACGGCGUUGAUAAUGUCGAUGAUGGUCAAUACAUCGUUAUUAUUGAUGCUGAGGCUGAUGUUGCUGAUGAUGGUAAACUACAAUUCGUUGAAAAAUCUUUCAAAGCUCAAACUAAUCAUUGGAAGAACGAUCGAGCACCUGAACAAGUUGCCUCAUUAGAAGCGGAAGUUGGCGAUAGCAACGAAUACUCAUUAGAGAUCGUAGAUGAACAGCGGAGUGAUUUACCCCAGAGACGGUACGACGUUAUAGAGCUGGGUAACGAAGAGUAUUUUAGAGGUUGGGCUGAUGUGCAGGGUCUAGGCGCUGCCAACGAUUAUUGCAGGGUAAUUGGCCGAAGUCGAAGAAAGUUUUUAUCUUGUGUAUUGGCUGGAAGUACGGGACAAGAACAUUUCUAUGUAUCGACAUUGGGAUUUCAGCCCGGUUAUCCGGACACGUGGUUUUUGAGAGACGUUGAUAAUGACGGUCGAGAUGAUUAUUGUAGAUGUGUUGGUAAGCCAGAGAAGUCUCGAAUAUCAUGUAUGAAAGCAGGAGAACAUGGUUUUUAUGGAAGCUCAAUGCAAGGAGGCAGUCAAUUCACCUUCGAUUUACCAGGCUCAAAUGGAUGUCACAAUAAAAAGCUGAAUCCACUUUUUGGAGCUUAA